AUUCCUCCUGGAUGGAUUUUCUAUACGCUACGUAUGGACAGCACAUGUAGACGGACCCUUCGAGGCAUCACUAUCCUCAGAAGAGAUCCUCUGUCAGUUUACACCCAAUGUCCUGGCCCCCAAGCCCAUGGAAUGGACCUAUCAUGAUGUUGUAGGUGCUGUCGUCUCGAAGAGCAGCACACAUCAGCUUCACAAGCAACCUAUGGGUAUUGCGGUCGCCAUCAAGAUGCACCAGCAGAUUUAUGUCCCUGGCGAUCCAUUGUCUAUGGCCACAACGCUAGUAAAUAAUGGUCAGAACAAGAUUGUAGGGCUAGACGUCAUUCUCCGCAGGACCAUCAAAGGUACAUUCGCAACAUCUUACGCCAACCUCUGUAACCAGGCUCAAGUUGAGAUCAUGUCGAAAGCCGUGGACUGCAAAGUACGACCAGGCGAGUCAAAUCAAGUCGACAUCUUGACUACGAUUCCACCAAUGGAGGCCUAUUCCAUCCCCACAUUCGAGUCCAACUUCCUUAAAGUGUACUAUGAGCUCCUCUGUGUCAUUCGAGUCAAACGAUCUGUCUUUGCCGGCGGAGACACGAGUUACCAAUGCGUGAUCCCCAUCCCCAUUGCCACCCACAACAUCGAUAACCCCAUGAUCACAGGCCGCACCCCUCGUUGGACAAAGAGCAGAAUGCAACCCUACUUCUUCGAGCCUACAUGGGCGGAUCCAGUGGGCGAUCUCCAUGCGCCUGUAACAAACGACAACGAUACCAUCAAUAAUACCUCUAGUGUUACAAGCCCUGGCGACACUCCUACGGGCAUCCAAUCACCCGCAUCUGCGUCUACGGCCUCGCUUUUGGGUUCUCCCGGGGCAAGUUCAAGCGCGAUGCAUGAAUUCUUGAACAGUGGUUCCGCCGAGCUGCAUCGCGAACGCACCCUGAAGAAGAGUUUAACCAGGAGCAAGAGUUUGAAGGAUAUUCAGUCCGCCAGGUUGAACGGAUCUUCCUGGAGAGCCGAGCGGGACCAGCUGCUGAGCCAGAGUCGUGAAGCAGGAUCUGUCGAGAGCUCUGGCACUAGCAAGCGAUCCCCGCCAUUGGGACCUAAGAGUCGAUCAUCCAAUGAGGACAAACAGGCGCCUUCUGGCCCGAGCCCAGCAAUGGAUAGCAAUGGAAAUGUAGCAUACACGCCUCCACCACCGUCUACCUCUCGAUCUCAAAGGAAUGCGAGCAAUAAUCUGACGCCAGAGCAGCAGGCUGAACUGGCCAGAAAGGCGAGCCGACGCAUCCUUCCUAACCAAGGAAUGUAUACCAACGAGGGGACCCUACCUCCAGAUUACACUGUGAAUAAAACCCAGAGCCAGGCUACCGGCAGCUACGCUAAUGGCCACAACAACAAUACCGAGGGCGAGAGUGGUCAACACCAAGUCAGCAACGGCAGCAGCAGCAACAAUGCGUCAUUCCCAGUCCCAUCAUCUAACGCCAAUUCUAACGCCAAUUCUAGUACCAAUCCUAUCAACAAAAUCCCACCUCGUCGCAAUGCGUCCCUCUCACAAAAGGCACACCAGCAACUUCAACAGCUUCAACAACAAAGUAGCGCUGGCAGCUAUGGCAAUGGCAAUCUUGUCGCAGAGCCGGACAGCAUUGAGUCUCAUUCGCGAGGAGGCAGCUCUAUGGGAUAUAGUACAAAUGCUCAUAACGACUCGAAUCACCUAAGCAGAGGACGAUCCAAUAACGGCAGCUCGGACCAGGGGCAACAUCGCUCUGGCCAAGAACAGCCAUACUCAUCUGCGGCACUUGAAAGGAUCCCCUACCAGCACUCGCUGCCUGCCCACCAGCAACCCCCGGGCGUGGUGUCCCCAACGUUAACAGCCUCUCCCCCUUAUGCAUCCAUGGCAGCCUCGGGAACGAAUUGUCAGCUGGAAAGAAGUCCUAGUCGGAGAGAUGGAGUUGUCGCAGGCGACAUUUUGCCACCACCUCCACCCUUCAACAAGGCUGCGUCCUCCGGAACACUUACGGAAGAAGGAGGACGACACCACCGGCGCACCGGGAGUAAUGCCAGCGCGAACGGAACAGCAAGCGCCAGUCUUACAAAGAUCCCGCCAUGGGAGCGUGUUGAAAGAAUCCAUCACCAGGACUGGUUCCGACCAGGACCCCACCAAUCUGGAGCACUACAGACGUUCGACGUUGCAGGCCUCACGCUCUCUCAACAGCAAGCUGUUCCUAUCCUUAAAAAGAGUUUGCAAAGGCCCAUGGAAACAGUUCAGUCCAUAGAGGUCGAGGAACAUCUUCGAUAGGCCAAUCUAUCUUUAAUGCCAUCCACUUUACCAUAAUUAGUUCUAAUGUUUGCAUUUUAUUUUACGCUCAACUAAUGACCAUGACCAUAAGAAAAUAAAACGAGAAGAAUGACUACAAUCGAUUGGUUCAUGGAUGGAUGCUAUGUACAGGUUACUGUAUUUUGCUUCAUGGCACCCUCGUGGAGGGUUCUCUCUGGUCUGCGACGGCUGGGAGAUCCUGAUCCAUCCACUUCUGUUCCAGUUCCAUUAUUUGCUGCUCAAAGA